ACUUAGAACUUCCUAUUACAACUGAUACAUGAAGCCUUUUUAAACUCAACUUUAUUUUUAAUACAUUUAUAAUCAAAUGUAGCUCAUUUUCUCCAAACAAUUUCAUAAAUCAGAUACAUCAUGCAAUCUUUUUGAAUUAGUAAUGUCAUCAACGUUAAGCAGCUCAAAAAGAAGACAAACCACAACAGUACAAAAUUUCAGGACCCGACUGUAGAGCAGAAUUUCUUUCUUUAUAUCUUUUAACAACCAAGCUUUGGAUUGUGUGACUGUGUAUUAAUUGCCUGAAUUCCAGGCACACUACAACGCUGUCCAAUUUUGCAGUCCUAUACAGCAUUGCAUUAGAAAACAGCUUAAAAGCUUUAGCUAAACAGUGGAUUCUGUGAAUAAAACGCUGGUAUGUGGGUGUAAUAAUUUGAGGUCUAAUGCCUUCGACAAUGGAGAAUAAUGGUAAUGGAGAUGCAGAAACAGUGGAGGAGCAGUCCCCAAUUGAGGAGGUUGCCUUGACAGUUCCUGUAACUGAUGACCCCUCUUUGCCUGUCAUGACUUUUCGAAUGUGGAUUCUGGGAAUCCUGUCAUGUAUUUUGCUCAUGUUUUUCAAUACUUUCUUUGCCUAUAGAACGCAGCCACUCACUGUAUCAGCCAUUUUUGCACAAAUUGUUGUUUUACCUGCCGGAAGAUUCAUGGCAGCUGUUCUUCCAGAGAGGCCAGUGAGGGUUCCUUUGAUUAGUUGGGAAUUUUCUCUCAAUCCGGGUCCUUUCAAUAUGAAAGAGCAUGUCCUAAUUACAAUAUUUGCCAAUGCUGGUGUUGCAUUUGGAGGUGGAGAUGCCUUCUCAAUUGGAGCCAUCAAUGUCAUGAAAGCUUUCUACCACAAGAAUAUCAGUUUUGUAGCAGCACUAAUUAUAGUCAUAUCAACACAGAUUUUUAUGCAGAUUUUAGGUUAUGGGUGGGCCGGUUUGCUGCGAAAAUAUUUAGUAGAACCAGCACAUAUGUGGUGGCCCUCCAACCUGGUACAGGUCUCUCUAUUUAGGACACUUCAUGAAAGGGAGAAAAACAAAGGUCUUUCACGCAUGCAAUUCUUCACAAUCUUUAUGGUUGUCAGUUUUGCGUACUAUGUAUUGCCUGGAUAUCUCUUCACAAUCUUGUCAUUUUUUUCAUGGGUUUGCUGGAUAAGUCCACACAGUGUCACUGCAAAUCAAAUUGGCUCUGGAUUUCAUGGUUUGGGUAUUGGUGCUGUGACACUAGAUUGGGCUGGUAUUUCAUCAUAUCUUGGAAGCCCCCUUGUUACCCCCUGGUUUUCCAUAGUUAAUAUUGGCAUUGGAUUUUUUCUGUUUGUUUAUAUAUUCAUUCCACUGUCAUAUUGGAAAUUUGAUAUUUACAAUGCAAGGACAUUUCCAAUCUUCUCAAGUCAAUUAUUCACAGCCACUGGUCAGAAAUACAAUACGACUCUUAUUCUUACACCAGAUUUUGAUUUGGAUAUUGAUGCUUACAAUGAAUACAGUAAACUAUAUCUCAGCACAUUUUUUGCUUUCUCUACGGGAUUUGGGUUUGCACGGAUUGCUGCAACACUUACCCAUGUUCUGCUCUAUAAUGGAAGUGAAAUUCUUAAGCAGAGCAGAUCUUCUCUGAACACAGAUAGACCAGAUGUACAUGCACGUUUGAUGAAAGUUUACAGGCCUGUCCCUCAGUGGUGGUUUCUCAUCCUACUGGUGGGUAGUAUGAUUUUAUCAAUUAUGCUGUGUGUUCUAUGGAAGGAUGAUGUUCAACUUCCAUGGUGGGGUAUGUUGCUAGCAGCUGGACUUGCAUGCAUAUUAAGUCUUCCCAUUGGAGUUAUUCAGGCAACUACAAACCAGCAACCAGGCUACAAUGUUGUUGCAGAAUUUAUUAUUGGGUACUUGUUGCCCGGAAAACCAAUAGCAAAUAUACUUUUCAAGACAUAUGGAAGGACCAGUACCACACAUGCUCUUUCUUUUCUAGCUGAUCUCAAGCUUGGGCACUACAUGAAGAUUCCUCCACGGUGCAUGUACAUCGCCCAGCUUGUGGGCACAAUCCUUGCAGGCACAGUUAAUCUGUGCAUAGCAUGGUGGAUGCUAGCAAGGAUAGACCAUAUCUGUGAUAUUGAUUCUCUUCCUGCUGAUAGCCCUUGGACAUGUCCAAAGGAUAGAGUAGCAUUUGAUGCUUCUGUGAUAUGGGGCCUGGUUGGUCCCAAGAGACUGUUUGGACCACUUGGCCCAUACAAAAAUUUGGUAUGGUUAUUUCUUGUGGGUGCACUUCUCCCGGUGCCAGUGUGGAUUCUAAACAAGUUGUUCCCAGAAAUAAAAUGGUUGAAAUUAAUCAACAUACCAGUCCUUUUGGGUGGUUUUGCAAGCAUGCCUCCUGCAACUCCUGUCAACAUUGGGACAUGGAUCAUCAUUGGGACCAUCUUCAAUUACUUCAUAUUUAGACUGAGGAAAGGGUGGUGGCAGAGGUACAACUAUGUUUUGUCAGCAUCUUUGGAUGCAGGCACAGCAUUCAUGGGAGUUCUACUUUACAUUAGUUUGGGUAGUGAGAAGAAGAUGUUUGAGUGGUGGGGAACGAAGAUAGAUCACUGUUCACUUGCCUCCUGUCCUACUGCCCCAGGCAUAUCUGUCAAAGGUUGUCCUCUCUUUUGAUUACAAUUAUUUUGAAUUUUCUUCUGGAAUUAGGAGAACUGUAAUACUGUAUGAUCAAUUAUCUAAUCCCUUUUACUCGAGUUCGUUUCUUUUUGUUCAAUAAAGCUUGCUGGAUCAAGAUUGCACA